AUGGCGGGAGGCACGCGAGCCACCCGCCGCCAGGGCAUGUCUCGAUCGGUGCAUGUAGCAUCUCUUGUAAUCUCUGGUGGAUCAUCCUCUCGACAUGCCAAGCACCACCGCGAAGCUGUUUAUGGUGCGAAGGCUAUUGCCCGGGAACAACAGCGAGCAGAGGAGCGGUAUCGGUUGGCGGUCACAGGACUGGGUGCUCAGAGUCUUCAAGCACUCUCGGAUAUCAGAGAAGACGACAUUCCCAUGGGAGACGCGAGCGCUCCCGAUAAUCCAUUCGCUAACACCGGGGAAGCAGAAGGAGCAGGAGCACCAAACACAGGACAUGACCCUUCAUCUGCGAGACUGCAGGAUGGCAUGGAGUGGGAAGAUUUACCCGAGGUCCUUCAAGGUGAUGCGUCUUUCGUGCAUGCUGUGCGGGACAUUGUCGGCUCUGAGUGGAAGGCACGGUGGUAUAAAGAUGCGCGCACUUGGCGCCAGCGCGUGCAUAGGAUGGAUGAGAACUGGCGGCCCCUCAUCCCCGACCUUAUCGAUGCUUAUCUUACCUGGAAAUACGCUCCUGAGCAGCCUCCCAAUGUGCCUGCAACUACGGAUGACCCUUCCCCCUAUGACUUCAUGAUCAACGUGAUGGAUUUCUACUCUCUCGCUUCAUCGGCCACCAUCUCUCGUGCAGAGGACUCUAGGUCCAUGGCACAUACACUCGUUCUCAAUGGCUACCUAGGGACAUCGCCUGUUUUCCCAUCCAUGGCAAUCUCACUCAAGACAUUGGAGCUCCUCCGGAGCUUGAGGCUCGUCAAGGCUUCAUUCAGCAUUGAAGCCUUCGGUUCCCGCGUCUUUUCGGCACUCGGCUGGGACUCGCCCAACUGGCGGGUGCUCAACGCUUGCCCUGCUUGUACAUAUGAGCUUGAAGGAGAGCCACCACGCCGGUGGAGCCGCAUGUUCUGUAUGGAUGGGAACAAUUCGCUGAAGCGGAUCGCGCAGGUCGGGAACCGCAUUCGAGGUGAUGCCCGAGUCUUUGUCGAUAGCGACUACUAUCUGUCGCAGGAAUUUGUCGACAAGUACGCGGAUGAAGUGCCACCACGCCAGACCUCGAGCACCCCAAGCAACGGUGAUGACCUGGAAGAACACGGCCAGGAGGACGACAUCAAUUGCGGAGAUCCAGAGGGAGGGGACCCGACUGACGGGGCAUUUGGUGACAUUAUCGUUCCUUGCAUGGAGAACUGGAAGGCGGCAGCGGCGGAUGAAAAAAAUGCAUCGGUGAGCUGUAAGGCAAAAUAUCCGCUUGCUACCAUUGCAAAGGCGCUGGAAGUACUCAGUGACAAGACACUGGCAGGUUACGACAUCGGCUGCGUCUUUGAGGGUACAAUACAGCGUAGCUCGCUGGGACCUGAAUGGCAACGGUGCCAGUGCCGUUGCUGCGUGAAUGCAUUCCACGGCUACUCCCACAACUAUCUUUGUCAACUCACGAAUCACCCGAACAUCAUUGAAGGUAUGGGUCUCGAAGACCUUGAGACGAUGGAAAGGAUAUUUAGCGCAUCAAACAACCUUGCCGCCAUCACACGCUAUGCGUCGGGAUUUCGCCGGCGCCUCUUCAUCGAUGCUUUCUUCCACCAGUGGGAUAUGGAGAAGUACGCCAAUCUCAGCACUAUGUUAUUCAACAACUAUGUCCAGGCUCUCAAGAUCAUCAAGGAGGAUGGAGCUGCACUCAAAGAAGCCAUAGCGGCUCUUCAGAUCACGCAUGAAGAUCUCGCCAAGUGGUCGCAUGAGGAGCGCGAAUACUUCAAGAGCCUCGGUGAGGAACCCGAGUGGGAUAUCCACGCCAUGGCCUACGUCGAAAGUCUCCAGGAGUUGCGCACCAUCACAGCACACCUUGAGAACACGUCCACCCAGUUCCUCGCCACAACACCCGAUGACUAUAUAUUCAUGGAGCUGACAUCGGGGCGUGUGGUAUAUAAUGCGGACGUAUCCCGGACUCGCAAGCUCGAGACGAAUAAACGUUAUCUCUCCGAACGCCAAGCCAAGGUCCAUCACGAUGUCAUCGCGAUAGAAGUUAAGAUGGGCAUAGCGCGUCGUUGGCAGCCAACUGAUAAUGAAUACAUCGCCACCGUCAAGUACAUUUCCACUCGCAAGUACCAUCGUGCUCUCGACAACCUGCAGCGUCUCGUUGUCCAUUGCAAGGUGAUUCGCAAUGCUGUCAAGGUGUACAAUGCUGCUGCCAAUGCCCUUGUCCCUCCGCAUCCCACCCUCGACUGGACGAAGGUCUCCCAUUACAGCUUCAUCGACGAGUUCCAUAUUCUCAAGGAUACCCGCAAUGAUGUCCAUCAGAAGGAGUGGACAAGGCCUGCUGUUCGGGAAGCAAUGAAGCAGGCACGUCGAAUUGCCCAAGCACAUGUCGAGCUCGAGCGGUGCAACGUUGAGGCGCGCUGUCUUCAUACAUCCAUCCGUGAUGAGGAAUUGCAAUUUACUGCGGUCAUCAACCAGCUGAAGGAGCAGCAAGCUUCGAUCUGUGGAGCGGUAGAAGAUUUUUGUGAACACCGCCGCAAUGUGAACGCUCGACACCUUAUGCGACUUCAGCGGCUAUAUGCAUUGAAUGGGUUCACUGGUGCCCCAUCCCCUGGGCAGCGGAAGGGGUCUGCGAUUAUGGCCCCUCCUCUGGCUUCUUCGUCAUUGGCCCCGGAUUUGGACGACGAUGUGGACCCUGAAGUGGAGGAGGAGGAGGAGCUCCAGGGGGAUAUCGGCGGCAUAGUUGAUUAUAUGUGCAACCUCGCAGUUUAG